AUGGGGGUCCCCCGACCGCGGUUCUGGGGGUUCGGUGUGCUGUUGCUGCUCCUGCCCAGGACGCUGGGCGCAGACAGCCAACUCUCCCUCCUAUACCGUCUCACCGCUGUGUCCUCCCCUGCCCAGGGGACUCCUGCCUUCUGGGUGACUGGCUGGCUGGGUCCACAGCAGUACCUGAGCUACAAUAACCUGAGGUCUGAGGCUGAGCCCUAUGGGGCAUGGGUCUGGGAAAACCAGGUGUCCUGGUAUUGGGAGAAAGAGACGGUCGACCUGAGAAACCAGGAGAAGCUCUUCCUUGAAGCGCUCAAAGUCCUGAUAGGAGAAGAUCCCCAGAUCCUGCAAGGUCUGCUGGGCUGUGAGUUGGGCCCAGGAAAUGUCUCGGUGCCCAUGGCCAAGUUUGCCAUUAACGGCGAGGACUUCAUGACGUUCAACCCCAAGCUGGGCAUCUGGAGUGGGGACUGGCCUGAAGCCCAAACCAUUAGCAACCAGUGGAUGAAACAGGACGAGGCCAUCCAUAAAGAGAAGACCUUCCUGCUGGACUCAUGUCCCCAGAGGCUAUUGGGCCACCUGGAGCGGGGCCGUGGGAACAUCGAGUGGAAGGAGCCGCCCUCCAUGCGUCUGAAGGCCCGGCCCAGCAGCAGCCCUGGCUUCUCUAUGCUCACCUGCAGUGCCUUCUCCUUCUACCCCCCGGAGCUACAACUGCGAUUUCUUCGGAAUGGACUGGCAUCCGGCUCUGGAGAGAUCAACUUCAGUCCCAAUGGCGACGGCUCCUUCCAUGCUUGCUCCUCACUGCAAGUCAAAAGUGGCGAUGAGCACAAUUAUUGCUGUGUUGUGCAGCACGCAGGGCUGCCAAAGCCCCUCAAAGUGCAGCUCGAAUCGUCAUCCAAGUCUGCCAUGCCUCUGGUGGGACUCUUCAUCGGCUUCCUACUGCUCAUAGUGGGAGUCACAGGAGGAGCUGUGCUGUGGAGGAGGAUGAGGACCGGGCUGCCAGCCCCUUGGAUCUCCUUCCGAGGUGACGAUGUUGGAGCUCUCAUCCCCACGCCUGGCCUGCCGCAGGAGGCUGACUCUCAGGAUCCCAAUGCACUUCUAGAUGCUGCCUGA